UUCUUGACUGCGGCUGCCGGGGCAUAUAUAUCUACUCGCAUUGGUCAUUCAUUGUUUAAUUUGGGGCAUCCUUCCUAUAAAAUCAUUUCUCGAAUUAUUUUGGAAAGGGCAAACCCUUUUUCUCGGACACGUACCAACGUUUUCGCCCGACUUCAACACUAUAAAAUACUUUACACACAGAACACUGUACCAUUAUUCUCCGAGGCGCGCCGUCAAACAGUCAGAAAAGAAGCAUCCAUGUCCUCAGACUCCUCCACACCACUGUACUUCUGGCGCGAGACUGAGCCCGAUGGCGGCUAUCUCUCACAAUGGUACAUGUCGAUGUUCGUGCACAAGUGCGACACAUACGUCUCUGCCGAGAUGUGGAUGAUGGCAGGCAAAGCGCGACUUUUUGACGACAAGGCCAUUCUAGAACAAAUCAUGAAAGAGAAACGGCCGCGCAAACACAAGGGUCUAGGGCAGAAAGUUCAGCCGUGGGAUCAGGAUGUUUGGGAAAGGGAGCGCUUUGAUAUCGUCGUUCAAGGAAACAUGCUCAAAUUCACGAGCGGCAAGGAAAGGCCCGAGCUUCGCAGACGACUUUUGGAGACGGGCGACCGCGAGCUCGUGGAGGCCAGUCCGUUCGAUCGCGUAUGGGGGAUCGGUUUCAAGGCUGAGCACGCAGAUCAGAAUCGGUCAGCGUGGGGCGAGAACCUGUUGGGCAAGGCGCUGAUGGAAGUGCGGAGGAGACUUAGGGAGGAGGGCGAGAAGGAGGAGAUGGAGGCGAAGGACAAGGACCCCUUACCCACCGGGGUAUCAGGGGAAGAAGUGAGUGCUGUGGAGGAGACCGUGUCUACGGCGUGAGAUGAGGAGGCUUUUGUAUCAUUCGCUUCCCAUAUAAGAAGCGAAGGAGUCUUAUAACAUAUGUACAUAACUCCCAUCUGCCGUAGACCCAGCUGCCGUAGACCCAUCUACCAAAAGCAUUCACAUCA